AUGCCGAAGCCUUCGAACCCACUUGUAGGUGACGAGGCUGCAAGUUCAGAGAUCUGGGAUCUCCUCCGGAAGUUGAAAUUGAAAGUUGCCGCUUUAGAGGGAGGGCAAUCCAGUGUGAGUGCUGGGCUGAUGUACGACGAGGAGAUGGUGAGGACAGUAUUCAAAGAGAAUAUGAAGCUUAAGAGGCGAAAUGGCCAACUUGAGGCGGAAAACGACAAACUCUACAAGAGAAUUGAAGGCCUCGAAGUGGAUAUAGAUAGGUUAAGUAGAAGCGGUGGCCGUCGGGAUAGCGUGGUUAGUGAAGUUGAGGACACAGUGCUUUCGUCGCAGGCGGCGAUAGGUACAGGAGGCCCGGCAGAAAUAGUUGAGGAAAAUGCCGCAGACUCUACGCGGGCAACGCGUUCGACGCGUAAAGACCGACCGACAAUUGAGGUUUCACAGACAGGAAGCAACGACACAAAUUCACCUCCAUCUCCAACCUCAAAGAUCACAACAGUGUUUUCGUCACCGCUUCAUGCCCGUCGGCAGAGGUCAACAGAAUUGGAUUUUGGCGAUGCGGAAGUUUCGCGGAUAAUUAGCGGAGACGCGGAUCUUUCAGAUGUCUCACUUCAAGUCCUCUCACAGAAAGAGGAAAAAGGUCAACCAAGGGACCUUAUACGAGAGUUAGAGCGAAAGGAUGGAAACAUCAAUGUGUCCACUCAGGAAACAGUGUCGACAAUUCCGGAUUCACAGGGCGAGCUAGAAAUGCAGAUGCGGGAAAACUGGUAUUGUGGAGAGCAGACAGUUAUUAAAUGCGGGCGGCAGAUCUUGUCACCGAAUUGCCGCAGUCGUGAAAAUGUCAAACAGAUUCUUGAUCUCACACGGCACCCCGUGCGCAACUCUGAGUGGUGGCCGGAGGACUUCGAAGUUAAUCCAGAGGUCAAUUUCGGCCUCACCCAGCCAUUUAAGCUGCGCAAGAUAUGUGCCGAACUAGUUCACCCUGCUCUACAGGUGCAGUUCAAAUAUCAAAAGCGGUAUAUACAAGAAGAAUCUUUGCGGGAUUUCAAUAGGCUUGCAGGUGUAGGGUCCGCGGAAAAUUCAGCGUCCGCAAAUGUGGGCAUCGCGGGAAUCGCGGGAACACCAAAAAAAAAGCUUCCUCAUCGCGGAUUACCGACACCUGUGAAGACGCCUGAACAGGCAUUGACCAAUCCUCUAAUCGAUCCAGUGUUUAAGUUUGAACUCAAUCGAACCAACUUGUCUGAGAACAGGACCGCUUUUGGUAAAUUCACUUCUGAUAAAAUCAACCUGUGGCUUGAUUUGAGCGAUUCUCCACCGGGCCACGAGCGGUCGUCGUUUCCCAACACUCAGCAGUUGGAACAGGACAAGCGGAUCGCUGCCCGACGCGCUCAUCUUUCUGCUCUACAACGACUUUUCCAAACUGUUUACAUGGUUCAGGUGGCGACAGGAGAUUCAGACAACAAGGAGAAUUUUCCGCGGGGAGCCCGCUAUGCUCAAGUCGGCAAGUUCAUCUUCCGCGAACAGCGGUUCAACGAAGCAGUCAAAGCCGACAGAUUCACGAUAGACGAAGCCAUAUUUGCCGACACUCAGCUCAACUAA